AUGCCAAGCGGCUACUCAAUGCUCGAUACGACAGUCAUGAAAAGGCCCGGCUGGAUACUGCGGAGGAGGGAGUUAGACUGUUCUUCCAGCUUGACCGACCUCGAGCAGAGAGGCUUGGGUAUACCAAACACUCGGCCUCCGACUCCCGGACAGACACCGACUUCAUUAGUUUUCCCGAGUCCCGUCUUCGAAACCCCUCGGAACAGUUCCUUCCCAGGUUUCUCGGCUGGUACGCCUCGAUUUGCAGACGAGUAUUCCGUAUUCAACACCACACCGGGCAAUCUUGCAGCUUCCCAGGGUCCCUUUGCAGAUAUCUCUGUCCCCUCUCCCUGCCAGUCUUCUACUGGGCAUAAGAGGUCACUCUUUGCCGGUGAUAUCGCUGCUCAAAUCGCAACUCAUGUCAACCACUUCUCGCCAAGUCCAAACCUUCCUUUGCCGCCUGUCGAUCCAUCCAGGCGAUUGCCAUCGUCACCAGGGCCCCUAGCGGCUGCUUUUAGCCAGGAAGAACGAACGCCCUCGUUUGGCUCGCAGGACCGCUCUAUUAAGAAGGUCAGGCAGAGCUUGGAGGAAGCUGAGGCUCAGCAGACAUUAACCCCGCCGCCUACGUCCCACAAAGGGGGCCGGAAGCUUGCCCCAAAACUACAAAUGAACACCAUGCAGAAUGAAGAUUACCCACCCGGGUUCGUGCUCAGCACGCCUCAGCAAGCUGGUAUGCCAAACUUCGUGACUACACCAACAGAUAUGUUUGGCUACCCCUUGUCGGCGCCCGCAACAGCUCCCGUCUUCCUCGACACUCACAAUUUCUGGGACAAUGAUACUAGUAUGAACGGGAUGGAAUAUGAUUUCAGCGCUGCCAGUGCCGCCAUGUUCCAGGCACAAGGCCAUAGACCAAUGAGCUCUCUGGACUGGGGAAGAACAAAUGAAAUGUUUCAGGAGACAGGCCUCAUGCCGCAAUUGCCUAUACAAACUCAGGAGAGCAAUAUGUCCAUGAGACGAGACCGGCCAUUGGCACCAAAACCGACGCCGUCAGCACCGCCAGUGCUUGAGUCAAACCAUCAGGACACGUCAAUGUUUGGGACUUCGUAUGUGGCGCCUCUGGAUAAUACGUUUGGCAUCAUGAAUCAAGGCGGAGGCGUAGAUCCUGGACUGUUGUUCAGCCGACCGCCCUCAUCAAAAGCAGAGCCAGUUACUUUCACCCAGGCAACACAGCCGCCAUCGGUGGUGCAACCGGGUCCGGUCCUGAUUGCUCCCAAGCCAAGUCGACCAUCGGAGAUCCGUCGCGGGUCGAGCGUCAAGGAGACCAGUGCCGGCAAGAGGCUGGAUCGGACCGCUGCAAGUUCUCCGAUCAAAUCUAUCGGUAGACCAGGCUUAUCUCGAAGCUUUAGUGAUAACAAAGGACGAAGAGCAGUUCCUCGAGCACUGCCAGCCCUCGCGCCUGCUGCCCGGCCAGUCGUGCAACAAACAAGCAGCAAGAGACCCGUGUCUCAAGGCUCUCGUAACGGGAGGACAUCGCCUCUGAAGAACCACCAUCGCUUGCCCAGCCUAGGCUCUAUUCCGGAAGCUGUGACGCCAAAAAUGAAGACUUCGGUGAAGUUCACCAUCGAUUCUCAUGGCCGAGCUCGCGCGGAGACCACAACGGUCACUCUUAGUGACGAUGAGGAUCCUACUCCGAGACCUAUCAGAGGUAGAAAAGAGGCAAGACCCGCUAGUAGAGGCUGGUCUUCGUCUGCCGAUGACGAAUCAUCAGAAGAUGACGACGAGAUUGUUAUUCCCAGUCGCAAUCAUUCAUUCGCUCUUCCAGACCCCAACAAGCCUACUUCUUCGAUUUCUCUUCAGUCUUUGCGACGGAGUUUCAGCGAGCAGACUAGCAGCAGCUUGGGAAUCUACGACAAUGAACCACCUUUAAGCGGUGGUGAUGCUGAUAGUGAGGCCGAAACCGAGGUGCAAGCACCACAAGGCAGCCGAGGCGAUGCUACUAGCGAAUUGAGGAAAGUAGUUCAGGAUCGCCAGAAGCGCGCUUUGAGCAGCUCUGGUCGACAUUUACCUAGACCGCGAAGCUCUGCCUCUACAAUAUCUCCUUCUUCAGUUUCGGAGGCAAGUAUUCCCACACCCUCAAGCCGGGGAGGAUCUAUUCGUUGUGUUUGCAGACGUAUUGAAGGCCCACGUCAUGGCGAUGGCUUCAUGAUACAAUGUGAAUCGUGCGAAAACUGGCUCCACGGCAAAUGCGCGAAUAUCAGCAGAGAUGAUGUUCCUAGCGUAUAUAUAUGUGCAUUCUGUGGUGAUACACCGAAUGCUCACGGCCUCCGGCGGCACACUGAAAAAAGCUCUAAUGGGCCUUCUAGCAAAUCCCACGCAUCGCCGCUGGCACAUAAAUCGUUGAAAUCAUUCAGGUGACGACAAAGUCAGCGCGCGUUGACGGCGCUGGUUUUUCUAGAAUUGCGGGAAAUGGAUUCUAUGCAUGGAACAAGGCGCAUUACAUAUAGAUAUACAGUACUGGCUGUCUGAACAGGAGCAACGUCUUAGCUUGGGGUUGAAGCAAACAUGGUACCCUAAUACGCUAACAGAUAAUGAUCAAUAACAAUGAGAAACGUUGGAUGAAUAAAGACCUUGCGAAUUGUUUCGGUUUUCAUGGUUGAGGAAGUCUCGUUUGCUUGGAAACAGUAACAGUUUAGAAUCGAGAGCCCAGUUCAGAGUUGGUCUAGACUAGGUUAAUCGAAACCCACAGCUAUAUCGAAUAGGAGGGCUGAGGGACCUUCAAAUGGUCAGCGUAGUCGGCUGGCCAGGACGAAGCAUUUGCAUCCACCUUCCGAAAAGACGGAUACCCGAGGCUUACAUUUGGGUCCGGACAUGGAAGCUUGACGUCGACAGCCAUGCGUAACCGGUUCAAC